CUAAAAAAAAAAAAAAAGAAUUAUUAAGAGAAAAAAUGUUGGCGCCAGAAAACCCCAGUGAUCAACGACUGCGAAACCUAAUUUAAUAUAACUCCUUCUCCUGCGGCCCAUCCAGACCUAACCCUCACUCCUAAUUAUUCAUCCCUGCUCUCCCAGUCCCAGUGUCUUCUCCAAUGGAGGAGACCUCGCAAUCCCAAAGUUUCAUCUACGAAACCCUAGGUACUCUAUUCUUCCCGUCCUCGGACCAAUCGUCACCGUCCGAUCACCCCGAACCCUAUUCCGUCUACCGGAACGAGAUUUCUCUCUCCACUAUUCCUGUGCCAUCGUUCGACGUCGACGCUGCCGCCGCUCCUGAUUUCUUCUCCCUUGACGCUGCCGCAGAUGAACACUCGUCCCACCCAGUUCUAGAAUCCCCCGCGCGCCCUCGUGGAGCCGAGCCUAAGAUACCGGUUCCUGAGGACGAGCGGCGGCUUGAGAGCAGUUGGUUUCGUGGCAAUAGUAAAUUCAAGAGCCCUAUGCUUCAGCUACAUAAGGAGAUUGUGGAUUUUUGCGAUUUUCUAUCUCCAACUCCAGAAGAGAAAGAUUCCCGUAAUGCAGCUAUUGAACGUGUUUCUGAUGUUAUCAAGUAUAUUUGGCCUAACUGCGAGGUAGAAGUUUUUGGGUCAUUCAGGACCGGUCUUUAUCUUCCAAGCAGUGACAUUGAUGUUGUGAUUCUAGGCUCAGGAAUCCUGAAACCACAGCAAGGUUUGCAGGCUCUUUCUCGGGCAUUGUCACAGAGGAGCAUUGCAAAAAAGAUACAGGUGAUUGCAAAGGCUCGUGUGCCAAUUAUUAAAUUUGUAGAAAAGAGAAGUGGUGUUGCAUUUGAUAUAAGUUUUGAUCUACAGAAUGGACCAGUGGCUGCUGAGUUUAUCAAGGAUGCAGUUUCUAGAUUGCCUCCUAUACGGCCUUUGUGUUUGAUUUUAAAAGUAUUUUUACAACAGAGGGAGCUUAAUGAGGUGUACUCUGGCGGAUUAGGUUCUUAUGCACUUCUCACCAUGCUCAUGGCAAUGUUGCAGAGCCUACGGGAAUCAGAAGAUAACUUAGGAAUUCUUUUGGUAAACUUCUUUGAUUUUUAUGGGCGUAAAUUGAACACGCCAGAUGUUGGUGUAUCCUGCAAUGGUGGAGGCACCUUUUACUCAAAGAAUGAUAGAGGUUUCUUAAAUAGAGGACGCCCUUUUCUUAUAUCCAUUGAGGAUCCUCAGGCACCAGAGAAUGACAUUGGGAAGAGCUCAUUUAAUUAUUUUCAGAUUAGGUCAGCUUUUGCAAUGGCCUUCACAACCUUGACAAAUCCUAAGGUUAUCUUGGGCUUAGCCUCCAACAGGAGCAUUCUAGGUACCAUAAUCAGACCAGAUGCAGUCUUGCUGGAACGCAAGGGAGGAUCCAACGGGCAAAUGACUUUUACUAGCUUGCUUCCGGGAGCUGGGGAGCCAUUACAUUCCCAGUAUGAUCAUCAGGAGAUUCUGUGCAAUUGGCAAUUAGAUGAUGAAGAACCCCUGCCACGGGGAGGUGAUGGGGCUGGUGAGUUUAGUGAGCGUUCCUCUGGUAAAAAGAGGAAAUCGUCUACUAAGAAGGAUAAGCAUGUUAAGAAAGCAAAAGAGACAAACGGAGACAUGGGCAGUGCAAGUCUUCGAGAAAGUGGCUCGAGAAAAGAGGUAGUAAAGAAAAAACAUUGGAGACGUAACCAAGCUGAUACCAAUGGUUAUGGUCGUAGCUUGUCUCCAUGGAGUCACUAGAAUCCUUAUUUUUUGUAAUUGCUAAUAUAUCUUGGCUGCUCUGUUCUCGUCAAGUCUUGCCAUCAUGAGGAACGACGCAAUGCCCAAACAGAAGACGGGACACUCUGUCUUCACUUUCUAGGCGGCCUGCUUUGCGGUAAUGCGCUCAAGAGAGUUUUGGUUAUGAACUUUUAGCUCGUUUUGUAUCAUGUAAUGUAUCUAGCUGAGUAAUAACCGUUAAACAGUUUUGACGUUUCUAGCUCUAAGUUUAGCAUAUAUAGAUCAUUCUUAUGCUGUUAUUCUUUGAAUUAGGUUUAGGCUUGAUUUUUUGUUUUCUUCUUUCAGAGGACGAAUAAAAAAAAUAUUUUGUUGGUCCUUUCAUGGCCUUGUAUGAUUUGAUUCAGAAUGCUAGAACUUUUGUAGCGGAA